UCUUACGCAAAACUUAAGACUCUCACUGCUGCUUUGAAUAAUAAAAUUAAUCAGCACAAGAUUUGUCAUCGAAUAAUUUUGCUGAGUUGGCUUGCGCGUCGUGCCGUCAGUGUGCCGUAACGUGGCGGCGCUGCGCUCGUCUGUCGCAGGAGUGGCUCCAAUUGUCAUUGUUCAUACUUGAUGUAGUUUUCUGUGAUAAGAAUUACUGUGAAAUUAUAGUUUAGCGAAUUAAUUAAAACAAUCACGAUGUCCGCGUCGGGUGAAUUUGGCAAUCCAUUACGCAAAUUCAAGCUCGUAUUCCUCGGGGAACAGAGCGUGGGGAAGACAUCGCUCAUCACUAGGUUCAUGUACGAUAGCUUUGACAACACUUAUCAGGCGACGAUCGGCAUAGACUUCCUUUCGAAGACUAUGUACCUGGAGGACCGCACGGUGCGGCUGCAGCUGUGGGACACCGCCGGGCAGGAGCGGUUCCGUUCGCUCAUACCUUCGUACAUCAGGGACUCCACCGUCGCCGUCGUAGUCUACGACAUCACCAAUGCGAACUCGUUCCACCAGACGUCGAAGUGGAUCGACGACGUUCGCACCGAGCGCGGCUCGGACGUGAUCAUCAUGUUGGUGGGCAACAAGACGGACCUGUCGGACAAGCGGCAGGUGUCCACCGAGGAGGGCGACAGGAAGGCGAAGGAGCUCAACGUGAUGUUCAUAGAGACCAGCGCCAAGGCGGGAUAUAACGUCAAACAGUUAUUCAGGCGGGUCGCAGCGGCCCUGCCCGGUAUGGACUCCGCCGAGAACAAGCCGCCGGAAGACAUGCACGAGGUGAUCCUGCGGCAGGCGCCCGGCGACAGCAAGGAGCCGGACGGCGGCUGCGCGUGCUAGAGCCGGACUCCGCCGGACACCGCCGGACUCCGCCGGACACCGUCAGUCUCCGCCAGACACCGUCGGACACCGUCAGACACCGCCGGACACCACACCGGACUCUUGUGGCGGACAAUGACGACAGCCGAACCAUACCAUUGCUUAUCGACCACUGCGCUAAAUACACCGUGUAUUGGAAUUUAUUACUGUCAUAUUACGCCCAGGUAUCAGUCAAUGAUGUAUUAAUUAAAGGGUCUACGAUGAGACAGCACUUUCUCUAAACAUGAUAUGAAUGUAAAAAUAUAUAAUUCAAACAUUAAAAAGACAAAAUUGAGAUUGAUUAUGCCGAGCGCGCGGCGUCGGACACCCAAGAGAUGGACAGAUGACCUCAUAAAAGUAGCAGGAGGUCGCUGGAUGCGGGCCCAUUCCAAUAGGUCUAUCUGGAAUUUUUUGGAGGAGGCCCGUGGUCAGCAGUGGAUGUCCUGCGACUGAUGAUGAUGCUCAGUGCGAGGCUAGUGUUUGAUGUAAAAUAUUUUCGUCAAAUGUGUUACAGUAAGGUAUGUUUCAUUGACCAUGUCCAGUGACAUCAUUGAUUGAUGCAGUGUGUACUGAGCCCUAAGCCUCGACAGUACAUUGUUGCCGAUCUGGUUCGUGCUACCACUGUAGAUAUUAGAUAAGGACGUGGUUAUUUGUAUUCCAUGUAAUUAUGCUUCUAUCGUUUAAAAAAUAGGUUGAGUUUUGAAUUAAAAAAAAAUAUACAAAGAAGUCAGGGAGUAUCAGUACAUUAACUCCAUUGUUUCAGAACGAAAUCUUGCUUUAAAAUAAUAUGUAUAGCCGUAAAAGUAAGAAGUGUAGUGCGUAUAUUAUAUUCGAAUACAAAUAGUAACGUGAAUCGAGCAGUGAGCACGACAUUUAAAACAAAUGUAUUGUCGACGUGUAAGAGUUGGUUAGCUGUGAGAUUAAUGAGCAUUUUAAUACAUAGGCAGCACGAUUUCCUUAUAAUACUUUGGUAUAAGUUUUGCACUAUAUUCACCUAUAAAGCCCUAUAUAAAAAUAUAUAUAAUAAAAAACGUGAUGUUAAUACGAUAUCUACCAUGUAUAGCUUGUUUUGUUUAAUUCUAGGCAGGUUUUAUCUUUAAGUUAUUAUAAGACUGAAUCUGCUUGGGCAAUAAUAUUCUAUCAUUGAACGGUGACGCGGUGAGAUGCAGACCGUAUACAAGCUUCAACAAAAUAUUUAUUUGAAUACAAUAAUUCGCAAGGCCUAAAAUUGUUUCAGAAACAAACACAGGUGAUUUUAAAUGCCGAUCCAAUUUGACCGUUGUAAUAUAAAUGUUAAUAGCACUAGGCUAGCGUCUCUUUCGGUCUGCACACAUCUCUAAAUCUGCCAUAUGGCUAAGUUCUUAAAACUAAAAUUAUGUUAUAGAUUUACCAUUAGGUACAUAUAUGUUUUAUGAUAGGCGAUCUUGUGAGAAAUGCUCUGUACUUGUAUAUAGUACGCGGGACGGUACGUUUAAUCCCGAUACAGUAAGAAUAAAAGCCAGUAGCGAAGUUCCAGUGGGAUAUUAACUGAUACCAAUGCUAUUGUGAAAAAUAUAUCGAUGCAUAUUUUGGUAGUAAUCAUUGCAUGGCAGUGGCUUGAAAAUCUUUGUUUAUAAAAUUUACUGGUGGUCUCAUAUGUGAGACUCCGCCUGGGUAGCCACCAAUGCAAUGUCUAUUUCUGCUGCCGAGCAGUGUGUAGUCACUAUUGUUUUCCGGUUUGAAGGACAAAGUCUAUAUACCGAUUCCUGCAGGCUUUCGUUUAUGUAGAAUGUAAUUACCAAUAGAAAGAUUUGCCGUCUACAUUCAUGUAUAUUACCUUUAUAUUGUCUCAGGAUCCCUUUCGGAAAACUUCACCUUGCUACUGUUGUAUGGAAAGUUGAUGUAAGGAAUAUAUGGCACUCUCAAUAAAAUACCUAUUUCAAAAUUGAUAAUUAUUUGUGGCUGUCGUCGGAAAACAAAUUUUUGUUUGCUACCUAUUUUUUGAAGUUGCUAUAAAAUUGAGCUUAUUAAAGGUAGGUAAUAAAUGAAAUGCAUGAAAAAAAAGGGAAAAAAAUAAAAGGCCGCAAAUUGAAAUUAGUUGUAUGACGAUUUCGACAAAUUAGCAAUUUUGAAAUGGGUCAUUAUUUUAUUAAGAGUGCGAUAUACUUAUCGAUAUUAAUAUAACUAUCGAUACUUGUGCCUACUGGCUAUUUAAUUCAAUUGGUAUUUAAAGUUUCUUAUAUAUUUACAGUUUAUAUACUUUUAUAUAACGAUACAAGAUUUGAGAGAAAUCGAUUACAUAAAUAAAAUCUAUAUGAAAUAUAUAUCGAAGUCCCGCGGUCACUCUAAAUUAGUAUUAUUUAUUUACUUAGCAUAAGAAUGAAAACUUAUGAUUUCGAAAACAUGUUAGUGAGAUUUCACUGUUAGCUUACGACUAAUUUUAUAUAAGUAUUGUGGCACAGUUCUAUUUAAUAAUAGCAUUCCAACCAGUUUCAUUAAUGAUAAAAGUAAAUGUACGGUGAGUAUGGCGUGGAUUAUCUGCAGUCUCGCACAUAAUGAAAUGUGUGAUGAUACAAUGAUAAGCCUCUUAAGCAUUGACGUAUAUUCUAUAGACACGAACGUCCACAUAAACUAUUUGUCCAAAAUCUGAAUUAAAACGGCAACCAAAACGCCACUGUUAUAACCUAUUUAUUGAACAACAAAUAAUUUUACUUAUUUGAUAAAUAUUUUUUAUUUACAUCCAGGUUUACACUUUGAUAUAGUUCGUAUAUUAUGAACGCCACUCAAUACAUAACCACAUGUUGUGAAUGCUGAAAUCAUAUUAAAGUGAGGUGUCCAGAUUGCAGUACAGUUGAGUCUAACACAAUGAGUAUAUGGAACGCGAGAUUUAGUACGUAGUACAUAUAUAUCGAUGCCCUUAAAUAUUAUUUUGUCACUUUUCAGAAAUGCAUUAAAUAUUGGACCUAUGGACGGUCCACGUCAUAUCCAUACGUCAACGACUUACAGCGAGAGCAAUAUAGAUGUUAUAAUUAAUAUUAUUUGCUAUAAAUAUACUUUAAUGCUUAUUUUGUAAAUUAAAUUAUUUUUGCAUAUUUAAUGGAAUUAUUUUCUGUCAUAGACAUAAUACAGAUAAGGCUUUGGAAAAUAUUUGGCAAGCAUUAGACACAGUCAUAAUUACUUAAGACUUAGUAAUUACUUUUAUUUUUAGUAAUAAUUUAUUUUGGCUUACUUUUGAAAACUGUUGCCUAAUUAACUUAUUACUUUAAUGAAAUUCAGAUAAUUAUUAAAUGUAGGUACAUUAUAAUUUAAAUGAAAUGAUCUUUAUUUUCCGGGGCUAUAUUCAGCUAAAAACACGAAUUUUGGUUGAACUACGUAACAUUUUGUUUCGUAUCAAACUGAAGUUUUAUAGCUUCAAAACACUUUGUACAGUUAAUAUUUUUUAUAUUACGUAUUGAUUUUAUAUUUAUUUAAUGAUUAAUUAUAAUUGUUGGCAAAUAAAAGUGUGUCAUAUUCUGAAAUUAUUAUAAUUGAAUAUUAUAUGACCGAUACGUGAUAUAAAAAUGUCAAUUCACAAUUCAACACUGCAAAUGUAAUGUUAACUGCAUAUUACAUGUAAAUAUUUCUAUAUCACGCUGAAUUUAAAUAAAUUUUAUAAAUAACUA